UGCACAUGGUUAACAUGACACAUAUUUUGAAUUUGCGCCCCUCGGAUGAGCAGUCACGAGCAGUCACUGACGUAUAGUCCAGUGCGACUUAUAAUGUUUUUUCCUCUUCAAAACACAUUUUUGACUGAUGUGACUCAUAGUCCGGAAAACACAGUAACACAUGCAGAAACAAUGAAGGUGUUUGUUAAAAGUCUCACUUAAGACUAUAUAUAUGAGUGUGGUUUUGAUGUGUGAAAAAGAGCAAUACAAAAGAUCUUCUGUGCAUAAAUUAAACACAGUUUGAUCAGUCUUAUAGUUUUGAUCAGUCUUAGUGUUCAGACCAAGCAAGAUGCUACGAUUUAUCAUCCUUGUCACCCUGCUGGUAUCCUCAGCGUGCGCUCUUGAAUGGAAAAUCUACAGAGAAGAAUCGAUUGGAAAUGAAGAAAGUUCUGGUGAAGUCAUGGUCAAAACUAACCAAGGGCUUCCUGGAGUAUGCUGGGCGUGUAAGUGGGCUAUGAGGAAUGUGAAGAAGAAGAUCUCCAAUGGUGCAACCCAGGAUGACAUUAAAAGUCAGCUAGCAAUGGUCUGUGAUCAGAUGGGGUUCCUAAAAUCUCUGUGUAGGAGUAUGGUGAGCAAGUACACGGGCGUUCUGGUCGAAGAACUUUCAACGUCAGACGACCCAACAACCAUCUGUGUGAACGUUGGCAUUUGCAAGAAGAGACCUUUGUAAUGUUUUAAAUUCUUGGUGUUGAAAAUAUGAAUUCCUCAAUAAAGUGUGAAGCAUUUA